AUGAAGUCAAUUAUUUUUGCCGUUUUCGUGCUAUUCACCGUUGCCAGAGGUGAAAAUUGUGAAUCUCCACAAUUCACAGUUAAUUCAUAUUCAACGAAAGAUGCUCGUCUUACAGCUGAAUCAGCUGCUCAACUUGAAAUAAGUGUUAAAUGCAAAAAUGGAAAACAACCAGGCACUCUGUAUGCUGAUAUUAAUGGACAUGUUAUUCCUUGUGCUCAAUCAGUUUCAUCGCCUGGAAAAUAUUAUGUUAGUGUAGCGACUUCAACUCAUAAACACUUAGCGAAAGGUUCUACAAUAGUUAAAUUAUAUGAUGAUGAAGCUUAUUCAACUUUACGUAAAGCUCGAACGGAUGAUGCUAUCAAAGCAGUUAAACCAUUUGGUCAAGUUGAAUUAAGCCAUCCGGGAGCAAGUUAUGGUCCAUGGCUGCCGAGUGAAUUUUUUGCUGUUAUCGUAUUUGGACUUAUUUGGUGGACUGCAUAUCGUGAACGGAGGACAUCUAUUGAUUGUUCAUUGGUUUCACUAAGCCGUCAUGACUCAUUAGACAUAACGAAAGGAAAGAUGGAUGCCAGUCGCAAAGCAUUAUUUCAAUCUCCACAUGUUCCUACGGUCGAGCCAACAAUGGCAACAACGACUACAACGAAUAAUAAUGCGAUGAUAUUAAAUACCAUUGAAUUAGAAAAUGCAACACAAUUUUAUCGCUCAGAAACAGAAAAAGAAUUACAUACUCAACAUUUACAAAAAAUACGCGAAAAUAUUCAAUCAUUAUCAGCCGAUGCCUGGCUUUAUCAAGAUCCGGAUAAACUCAUUGGUUUUCAACGUGUAACAACACAUUAA